CAUGUAGGCCGACAUGCCCUUAGGACACUGGAGUCCCACAGGCUUUCAGACCAGAACCCAAAACUUUGCCACCAGCCUUGGGGACCAGGGCUUUGGGAGCUCCCUGGCUGGUGGCAGUUAGGCGAAGUCUCCUCUCCUGCACCUGUUCUUGUCCCCCAGAGCUAGCGUCUUGAAAAGGGGCAUUGGGCCACAUUGCCAUCGCGACCCUGGCUCAUGGAACGCAGUGAUGUCACAAGGGCUGGGCUGCAGAAGGGAAUUGUUCCCGAGGACAUCCAUUCUGGGUGCUUCUUGUCUCUGUGGCUAAAGCGGGAGGUGGUGAGAGAGUUGGACGGGGGUCACCACUGUCCUGCCGAUGAGAAGGCAGUGAGGCCUGUGGGGAGAGGGAAGGCUGAAGGUCCAGGAGUCCCAGCCUCUCUCGGGAAGCACCUGGCAGCAGUCCUAGGCACCGAAGCUGGUCUGCAGGUUCCUUUCUUUGCCGGGCCAACUCUGCUACUGUCUACUUAACUCUGUGAGGGGCAGGACCUCUGCUGUGUACACCUGACCCCCCCAAACCGACUCCUGUCACCUGGUCCCUGUCAAGAGGAUGUCUGACCCUAAGGAACAAGGUGACCCAGAGGGUGGCCAUCCCGUCCAGGCAGCAAAAGCCAUUCUGAAGACCAAAAUUUACAGCAAAAUGAUGAAGAAGUCAUACAGAUCUCGAGACUCAGAGACAAAGGCCCCAGGUAGCUGCUACUGGACAGCAGAGCGCGAUGGCGAGGUAAAGCUGCGCAUGGGCAAGAAUGUGGAGAAUGAGCCUCCGGUCACCGUGCCCGACCUAAUCAUGAGCGCUGCCACCAAGUACUCGCACUACCUGGCGAUAGGCACCAAGUACAAGAAGAACUGGCAGCUGCUCACCUACAUCGAAUACUACGAGGCCUGCCGACGGGCAGCCAAGGCCUUCCUCAAGGUGGGCCUGGAACGCUUCCAUGGCGUGGGUAUAAUGGGCUUCAAUUCCACGGAGUGGGUGAUUGCCAGCAUUGGAGCCAUCAUGGCAGGCGGCAUCUCUGUGGGCAUCCUGUGCAGCAACUCGCCCAAAGCCUGCCAGGUCAUCGCUGAAGCCGCAGAGAUGGACAUCUUCGUGGUGGACAAUGACAAACAGCUCCAGAAAGUUAACCAGAUCCAGGGCUACCUGAAGCAUCUCAAGGCCAUUGUACAAUACAGAGAAGACAUCCAGGAAGUACAGCCGAAUCUAUACUCGUGGAAAGGCUUCCUGGACCUCGCAGAUGGCAUCUCGGAUGAAAAACUGGACCAUAUCAUCGACUCACAGAAGCCUAACCAGUGCUGUGCUUUGGUGUACAACCAGGGCACUGUAGGGGCCCCAAAGGUCAUGAUGCUCAGCCACGACAAUAUCACAUGGACCACAGCAGCUACCGUUCAGAGCCUGGGGUACAAGUGUCCACCUGAUGGUCAGGAGGUCCUUGUGAGCUACCUGCCGCUCUGCUAUGCUGGGGUCCAGAUCUUGGAUGUGUGGGUGGCCAUCUCCGUGGCUGGAACAGUCUACUUCCCCUCAUCCGAGGCAGGGAAGUGGAAUGGGCCACCACGAGCCCCUGGCACGGGCUUCCUGACAGAGAUGCUCCGCGAGGUCCAGCCCACCACGUUCUGCGGCAUCCCGUGGGUGUGGGACCGUAUGUUGGACAACCUGAAGACCAAACACCUGGACUCCACCGCCUUCCGCAGGAAGAUCGACCGCUGGGCCAUGCGUGUGGGACUCAGCACCAACAGGAGGCGGCUGCAAGGGCAGAUCCACCAGCCACUGUGUUUUGGCCUGGCCAAGAGGGUGACCUUCGACCCUGCCAGGAAGUUCCUGGGUCUCAACCAUUGCCAGCAGUUCCUGAACUUCGGCCUGGGGCUGUCGAAGGCCACGGUGGACUUCUUCCUUAGCCUGGACAUCCCCGUUUUUCAGCUGUACGGCAUGACCGAGUCCAGCGGACUUCACUCUCUGUCCAGCUACCAGGCCUUCCGGCUCCCGAGCUGUGGGAAGGCACUGCCCAACUGUCACACAAAGGUGGAAAAAGAGAACCACGAAGGCAUCGGGAGGUUGUGUCUGUGGGGCCGAAACAUCUUCAUGGGGUACCUCAACGACAAGGAAAGUACAGAGAAGAAAAUGGACAACCAGGGCUGGCUACACACAAACGACCUGGGCUUCUUGGAUGUCGACAAGUUUCUCUAUGUCACGGGGAACAACAACGAUACAAUCACACUGAGCUCGGGCGAAGUGGUCAACCCGCAUCCCAUUGAGGAGCGAGUGAAGAUGCGCAUCCCCAUUGUGCGCUACGUGAUGCUGGUGGGCCAGGAUGCCCCAUACCUGUGUGCCCUCCUCACAUUAAAGUGUCAGAUCAAUCCGGAGACUGGAGAGGCUCGGGGUGCCCUGACCAGCGAGGCCGUGGCCUGCUGCCGGAAGCUGCGGAGCCAGUCCACCUGGUUGACAGAUAUCCUAGAAAACCGUGACCCCUUGGUCACAGAGUUCAUCAACCAGGGCAUCCAGGACGUGAAUGCGGAGGCACCCUCGGCGGGCGCCAAGAUCAUUAACUGGGUCAUUCUAGACAGCGAUUUCUCUGUUGGCGGUGGGGAGCUCGGGCCCUUGUCCAAAAUGAACAGGCACAUUGUGGCGAAGAUAUACCAGGAGGACAUCCAGAAAUUAUAUGAGACGAGCACCUAGCAGUCCUGUGCACCCCGUCUUCACGCAGGUGCUGGUAGUUCGUGGUUUUCAUUCUGCCUAUUAAGGGACAAUUUCUACAGUGGGGGACGUGCUCUGGAUGAGGGCCUGAGCAGAAGGCAUAUCCUGCCCUCUAGUGUUGGAACCAAUUGUAAAGGAAUAAUUAAAUGUGUUCGGUGAA